GAUCUCCAUAGAAUUAUCAAUUCACAGUUUGGAUAUUUCCCAAAUAUUGGACCAACUAUCACGGAUUUCGCCGUCGAGGAGAAGUCAAAAAUUAGAGUAAUAUAUUUAUAUUCUAUGUUGUUGACACUUGAUAGUUGAAAUCUUGGGUGCAAAAUAUUCUUUGGAUGAAAAUUGAAAUGUUAUGACUUUUGAGUUUUGGAUAGGUUUAAGGUUAUGUGAGUUCAUGACUCAUGUGGACUGUGCAUACCUUGAGUUUGAUUAGAAUUUAGAAUUUCGAAAAUCGUAGAAUUCAAAAUAAAGUACCUAAUAGUUAAAUGGAUUUCGCGAGAAAACAACUAGAGAAAUAUGGUUGGACAGAUGGCAAAGGAUUGGGUAAAUUUGAAAACGGUAUAUCGGAAGCACUUAAGCCAAAGCUGAAACGCAGUGUCACAGGUGUUGGACACGACGCAGCUGCAUAUUUCACCGAUCAUUGGUGGACAAAAUUGUAUAAUAAAGCUGCUAACAAUGUUCAGGUUGAAGAAGAAAAUGGAAAAACAAAAAAAAUAAAAAUAAAAGAUGAUUUUGAAAUUACUAACAGCUCAUGGUCAUAUAGGAAAAAGAAUAAGGUUUCUUCUAAGGAGGAAUAUCAGAACUUCUUUGUUAAGAAAGCAAUACUAACUUCUGGUGGAUCAAAGCUAGAGAGUUGUGGUGAUGCUGAUCAUGUUGAAGAAACAGUUUCCACAGAUGUAGUAAAGUUGUCUGAUGAAGAGUUAUUUGCUGCUUGUGGAGGACGAACUGCACAUAAAGGUGCCAGACAUGGCCUGAGAGCAUUAGGUAAAUUAGCUAGGAUCCAAAUGCAGGAGCAACUUCUUUUAGUGCAACCAAAAUAUAAUGGCUACUCCCAUGCAAAGAAAUUAGGAAUUAAUAAUGAUGAUCAUAGUUUAGAGAAUUCAGGUGAUAAAACAUACAAAGAGAAAAAGAAUAAAGCAAUUAAGAAACAUAACAAUGAAACUUGUUCAGAUAAUAAUGAAGAAAUACUAACAACAGAACUUAAACACAAAAAAAGGAAGAAAAAAUCAAUAAUAGUUGAAUGUGAUGAUAGAAAUAUUGAAGUAGAUGCCAACACUGAAGUAAACAAAGCAACUUGCAUUAAAAGUAAAAAGAAAAAACAUAAAAAAGAAGUUGCAAUAGAUUUGGAUUUAGAUAGUGAAAAUACAGAAGUGAACUCUAAAAAGAAGAAAAAGAAAAAACAUAAAUACAAUGAUUGACUGGUUUUGUUGAAUAAAUUAUAAAUUAUUUUAA